AUGUCUCAAACCUGGUUCUCCAAGUCUACUCUACUUUCAUUAGCUGUUCUUUUGACUGCCUCCAUUGCUCUACCAGUUGUCAAGAGAGAUACCAUUAAAAUUGGUAACAAGGGCUGGUACUUUGACCUAACCGCUGCUGACACUUCUGCUUGGGCUGGUGCAGUCUCCACUGUUUGUGCCUCAGGUAACGUCGGUGUCUGUGCUGGUGAAACUGUUGUCGCCACAGUCCUAACCGGUAUCAUGGCUCUAGGUAACACUGGUUCCACUACUUCUUCUUCCUCUUCUUCUUCUUCUGGCGACGACACUGUUGCCAUUACUACUACUGCUGCUGCUGAUGUUGGUGUUACCAGCACUGUCGCCAGUGCUGCUGCCACUUCUUCUGCUGCUGCCUCUUCUAACAUUAUAGGUAAUGUUGUUACUGCUGUUGAAAACAUUCCAAAGGAAGUCGAAAGUCUUCUAUCUGGCUCUGGUAUUAAUUUGCUAGGUGUUUACAAUAUUUCUUCCAAGGUUUCUGAUGCAGUUCAAAACAUUAUUCAUUUCGAUACAUCUUUAGGUCAACACAUUGCCGCUCAAAUUGGUGGUGAAGCUUCUAACCUAACUCAAUUAGCUGAACAAAUCGUUAAGGCUGUCCCAGGUAUUCCAACUUUUUCUAACUUGACUGUACUUGCUGAACAAGCUGUCGAAGCUGCUGCCAAGAACGAUGGUGAAAAUGUCAUUUCCUGGAUGACUUACAACAUUAAGGAAGCUGAAGAUGGUCUAACCGAUAUCAUCAACAGUUUAGGUGGUGCUGAUAUGUCUCAAUUUGCUACUGAAAUCAACGAUUUCAUUCAAAACAACGGUGCCUGGAAGUUCUGUCUAUCUCCAUCCUCUCAAGUUGUUAACGUUACUGUCAGUGAAAGUUACAAAUUAUUCGGUGAAAUUUACUUAAACACUUACGGUGGUAUUGAUGCUGAAUGUGCAUAA